AGCUACAUAACAUUUGCAUCCAGCACUCGCCCUACAAAACACAUUAAAAUACUCUCUGGUACUCUUGAUCCUCGCCAUGAGUUCUUUCGAACAGAUACUGAGUUCUCCUCCGCCAAUAAACAUAAAUACCUCUGACAUUGCCCAUGACUUGUUUCCAUUCGUCACCGUUUACAAAAAUGGCACCAUCAAGAGGCAUUUCGGCCAGCCGGCUAUGCCCGCACCGGAAAAUCUAAACGGCGUCAGAACAAAAGAUGUGGUGGUUUCGUCUCAUCCCAAAGUUAUUGCUCGUGUUUUCUUGCCGGAGUUUUUGACACCGGGAGAGAAACUCCCGGUGUUACUUUACUAUCACGGAGGCGGAUUCUGUAUCGAAUCCGCCUUAUCGGCUUGUUACACUCCUUACACUUCUUCCAUUGCCUCCGCUUGUAAAGUCAUCGUGGUCUCGGUUGACUACCGACUCGCCCCGGAACAUAAAAUUCCAGCUUGUUAUGAUGAUUCAUGGGAAGCCUUGAAAUGGGUUGUUUCUCAUGCAUCCGGGUCGGGUCCUGACCCGUGGCUGAACCAGCAUGGUGAUUUGGGCCGGGUUUUCUUGGCGGGUGAUAGUGCGGGAGCAAAUAUUUCUCACACACUGGCCACUUGGGCCGGGGUGAAAGGACUCGAAUCGGGUGUUAAGGUUUCGGGUAUAAUUUUGGUCCACCCGUUUUUCGGAAACGACAAACCCGACAAGCUAUGGAAUUAUUGUUGCUCUGACGAAACGGGUAUUGAUGACCCGAGAUUGAACCCGGCGGCGGAUCCGGAUUUGUUGGCGAAGCUGGCAUGUGGGAGAGUGUUGAUUUGUACUGCUGAAAAUGAUUUUUUGAGUCCAAGGGGUUGGGCUUAUUACGAGGCGUUGAAAAAGAGUGAGUGGAAAGGAGAGGUUGAGAUUGUGGAAACAAAGGGGAUGGGUCAUGUUUUUCAUUUGUUCAACCCGAAUUGUGAGCAAGCCGGGUCGCUGAUGAAAUUGGUGGCAUCUUUCAUCAAAGAUGACAAGGUUCAUUCUUUGUUAUAGAUUACAAAGAUCUUGUCUUCAAGCUACUAUAGUGUUAUAAUAAGAUAUUAUUAUGGUGGGAGUGUAAUAAUGUGUGGGGAUGGGCACAUUAAUUAUGAUGUUUUAGUAUUUCUGUAAUAUUUAAGUACUGCUUGAAAAAUAAAUGUAGCUUAUUUAUUAAAUAAACAAGUUGUUCUGUCGU